GGCUUAAAGAAGGCCCGUUUAUUUAACUUACAAGCAACAGAGGUCGUUGAUGUUUGAACAUGUGUAAAUUGGUACCACUCACACUUUAUUCAGAUUACAGUUAAGCAAGAACUUGAUAAGCCUUUAGUUUGUCUGUUUUCAAGAAAAGAUGUCGCUGCAUCGGCUGUUCCAGCUGUCCUCUCUGCUGCGCUCCGCCGUGAGCCUCACCCUGCGCAGGAACAUCGGCAUCUCUGCGGUGGUCUUCAACAAGGCCAAGGAGCUCGACCCCAUCCAGAAGCUCUUCCUGGACAAGAUCCGGGACUAUAGCGGCAAGAGCAAGACCUCCGGCGGCAUUGUGGACGCGGGGCCCGAGUACCAGAAGAACAUGACUGAGGAAGUAACCAAACUGCAGAGGCUAUACGGAGGAGGAGACCUCAACAAGUUUCCAGACUUCAAAUUCUCUGACCCAAAACUUGAUGAAGGCGCCAAGUGAAGGACGUCCAUGUUGUAAAUCUCCUACAUGUCUCAAAUAUGUUGUAUUUAAUAAAAGAUUGGAGCGAAAAAUGA